UGCAGUUUUGUUUGAUAGAUAAAUGUCCGGUCCUGCUGGUCCUCCAGAGCGAGUGGGAGCAAUGUGGGAAGUAGAUUGCAAGGUGAGGGAAAGCCGUUCCGACAAAGCAUGCGACAGCAUGGUCGGUUGUGAUUCUCGACGCUUGACGUGUGGCAUACAUGUUACAUGGUAUGUCUCCAGGUGCCUCGCCACAUCGAUACCACCCAACGAACGUUGACGGGUUACCCGCCCCCAGGCUCGGGCAAGACGUUGGCCUACUUGUUGCCCAUGAUGGUGCACAUCAUGGCGCAGGAGGAGCUGAAGGCCAACGAGGGCCCUGUGGGCGUGGUGUUGUGCCCCACGCGGGAGCUCGCGCUGCAGAUAGACACCGUGGCGAAGGAGUACAUCGGGCCCAGCGGCCUGAGGAGUACGUGCAUCUACGGGGGCGCCAGGGUCCAGGAGCAGGGCUGGGCGCUGCGGGAGAAGAAUGAUAUUGUUGUCGCGACCCCGGGUCGUUUCAUCCAGCUCUUGAACGAGGGUUGGACGAACCUCAACCGCGUCACGUACGUGGUCCUAGACGAGGCGGACGAGAUGUUAAGCCAGGGCUUCGGCGGCCAGAUCAGACUCAUCCUGAGCCAGGUGCGGCCCGACCGCCAGAUGCUCAUGUUCUCGGCCACCUGGCCCGAGGAGGUGCAGCACCUCGCUGCCGAGCACUGCACCAACACCAGCGCAAACGGCGGCCUUGGAGCGGUGACCGUGCGUGUGGGCGGCGAUAGGCUGGCGGCGUGCAGGACGAUUCAGCAGACCGUGCUGGUCCUCGGCCAGAACGUGGACAAGUUCGACAAGCUGAGAGAAGCAAUAGUUCGGAGCAGGAGCCACAAGCAGGGGAGCGCGCAGAAGUGCCUCAUCUUCUGCAGGACGAAAGCGAUUGUGGACGAGUUGGUUGUCCAGCUCGAAGCCAGCCAGAUCGAGGCGCUCGGGAUACAUUCCGACAAGACGCAGCAGCAGCGCAUGUGGGUGCUCCAAAAGUUCCGCGACGGCGAUUGCAGUUGCCUCGUGUGCACCAACAUCCUCGGCCGCGGUCACGACAUCCCGCAGGUGAAAUUCGUCAUUAACUACGACGCCCCGGACGAUAUCGAGUCCUACGUCCACCGCAUCGGGCGGAGCGGGCGCGCGGGCGAGACGGGCUUCGCCAUGACGUUCCUCACAGAGAGGGAAGAUACGGGGGCCCAAGCAGCUACAAUUCGUCUGUACAUUCGCCCUCUCCUGCCCUGGUGUGUCUCCUCCUCUCCCUUCCCUUCAUCUUGCGUCGCCUUCUGAUGCCAUUUCGGCGUUCACGCUUUCAGAGCUUCUACCGAUAAUGCAACCAUUCGUGGGAUGAGGUGGUUUGGGUGGUGGGAUCGGAUGACUACAGUGGUCGAUGCGUGAUGUGUUUUGCGUCGGGUCGGAUGUUUGUUCAUAGCCUCUUCUAUGUAUGGUCUACUCCUCUUAUGUGGUGCAGUUUUCGAGACACAGAUCUCUCCCAACGCUCAUGCCAUCGUUUUUGCAUGUCCCUGUGCUGUCCUAACUCAUCAAAUUCGCAUAACGCGUUUCAGGCGUUACAUGUGUUACCUCCUUUAACUCAUCAUCGUUGGAACCAUAUUACCCCCGACAGGGACAAGGUAAGGUAGCUAAUUUCCAGCGUGUCCUUGCAGGUGGGGAUGGAUGCUGCGAAACCCAAAUGAGAUUGGAGCAAUCCCCACCUUCGGGGGUGGGGAUCGGCUGGCGGGGCCGAGGCGUCAGCAAUGAUGGGAAUGGUUUCGCGUGUCCAGACUCGCCUAGUCAAUGAUGCAGAUUAUGUCUGUUGAGCUGGGUGAUACGAUUUUUUCGGAUUCAUCUAACUGUGCUGAUCAUUCUCACCCGUCGCACCCAU